AUGCCGAAGAACAAAAGGAAGGUCUCCGAUGAGGCGAACGCUCGUGAAGGCGACAUCGCUGAGCUUCGUGCAAGCAUGGCUACGCUUGAAAGCAAGGUGAGCCAGAAGAUACAUGCUCUAGCACAGAUAUUGGACAAAAUUGUCGCCCAAGAAUGUCGAAACGGCGGCCGACAGUCCAAAGUCCCGGGCGUUGAUGCGUCUGUGCAAUGCGAUACGGUUCAGGUAGAGAAUCUCGGCGGCGCGGCGGCAAACGCCGACAGAAGGGGUGUUGGAUAUCCCCGCGUGUCGAGUGACGUGCACGCAAGAGUGGUUGCUACGGGAGUCCCUUUCGCUGCCCAGGUGGACGGGCAAUCUAGCUUGAAUGGAACUCCGGAGAGAGGAUCACUGCUUGGUGCUCGAUACCAUCUGAACCCUGGUGAACGCCGGACGCAGCCGUGGACAAGGUGGGAGAGCAACGAUGAGCCUUGGCGUUCAAGUGAGUCCUCAAGACAGGGAGAUAAUGACAAUUUGGAAGUGCCACGAGACUUCUUGGAGGGUCUCAAGUUCAACGGCAAAAACGACGACGCUUUGUUAUUCCUACGUCGUGUAGAAGACGAGAUAGAAACCUACUGCGUGUCCGACAGAGCAGCAAUUGUAGCACUGCGCAAGCGUCUUGUAGGUCAUGCCCUUGAGUGGGGACAGAUGGCGGCUCGAACAUUCCGUGACUGGGAGACAUGGCGUCAAAAGUUUGUUGAGCGCUUCACGUCUACUCGGGGAAUUCGAGAAGCACAGCUGGCUCUAUCCCGCGUUGUAAUGGCAAGCAAUGAGCGCCCUGCGGACUAUGUAGACCGCGUCCGUGCACUGGUACAUCGAGCAGGAUUUCGAGAUUCGUCGCCGCAGUUCCUAACUACUAUUUAUGAGGGAUUGCCAGCCCAGCUGCAGUGGCAUACAGACGUCCGAGAGUGCACGACGGUGGAGCAGCUGACUCAGGUGUUGAAUCGUUAUUUUGAUGCCUUAGAUGAUGUGACCCAUCGCCAGAAAACAAUGAGUAGUCUACCCGGACAGGAGAAGACACCCAAGAGGGAAAGAAAGGCAGCGGCAGAAAAGGCUGAUGACCAAGCUGACAAGGACAGGUCAGAGAUUGUCAAAGAGGGUUCAAGAAACCAGAAGCCAAGCCAAGCGACAAGCCAGAAGGAGAAACGGAGUUGCUUCUGGUGCGGUGAGAUGGGGCAUCUCAUAAACCGCUGUCCACGACCGCCGAGCCCGCGUGACAGUGAACCUCUCCCGGAACAGCGAGUGACGUGUGUGUUGGUGUCUGAAGAGGAAGGCACCACGCAAGCUUUCCAGAGGACGGGCGUGGGGGACCCGGAAGAAGUGAGCUCCCAACUCAACGUGUGCGGCCUCACCUGUGAGGUGUCAACAUCUGUGAACGAACUGUCUGGACUUUAUGACAUCAACACAAGAGCGGACAGGUUGCCCAUGAACGACCUACACCACCGGCCAGUGAUAGAACUGACGGUUGGGGAGAAAGUGGCACGUGCGCUGUUGGACAGUGGAUCAGACGCGAACCUCGUAUCCGUACAGUUUUUGCGGAAUGCCAGCGGAAAGGUCAACACUCGUAGGGGUAGCAUUGGACGACUCGAACUGUACCAACAUGACAACAGUAACCUGACUACUAUUGGUGGAUUAGACAUCGAGGUCACAUGGAGAGAUCAAACAGAGUGGAUACCCUUCCAGGUGGUACCGGUACAAGCUACAGAUUUCGUACUGGGAGCGUCAUUUUUGGUACGCCACCGUCUGCUCACGGACCAGCGGGAUCAAGUGACGUCGUUUGCUCAGACGGAUGAUAUGAUGUACGUUAACAACCUCGUUGGUGACAGCGUUGCAUCAAAAUGGGUGGACAGAAUCCCAAGUGUAUUUUCGGACAGGAUUGGGAAGACGGGAGAUCCUAGAGACCAGUGCAAGUUGCACAUGUCCGAGGGCCCGCCGAUACGCGUCUACUGCAGAAACCUCCCGGUAGCGUGGCAAAGGGAGAUACAAGAAACUGUGGAGAAGAUGGAGGCGGCGGGAAUUAUUCGGCGAAGUACAAGCGCCUGGUGCUCUCCCCUGCAGCCUGUAAGAAAAGCAGACGGCAGCGUUAGGAUCUGUGUGGACUAUCGCGAGUUAAAUAAGCGAGAACUCGGAAAUGCCGCACCGUUGCGCGAUAUGCGGGAGAUAUUGAGGAGCUUUGCGGGUUCCACAGUGUACACAACCCUGGAUCUACGGCACGGCUAUUGGCAAGUGCCAAUGAGCGAGGAAAGCAUUCCAUACACGGCAUUCCAGGGCCCGAACGGCCUUUACGAGUUCACAAGGAUGCCCUUUGGGUUGAAGUGUGCUCCCGGUGUAUUUCAGGGCAUAAUGGAAAGAAUUCUGACGGGACUAGUUGGGCGCACAUGCUGGGUGUAUUUGGAUGAUAUCAUCAUCUUUGCAAGCGGAAGAGAAGAACUAGAGCAAAGGCUCACCGAAGUACUGGAACGACUGGAGCAAAGUGGCCUUACUUGCAACCUGGAAAAGUGUCAGUUCUUCCGUGACGAACUAAAGUUCCUAGGGCGCGUCAUAUCAGCAAAAGGUGUGGAGAUCGAUCCGGCAAAAUGUGCGGCUAUACAGGAAUACCCACGGCCACGUAACACGCGGGAACUGAGAAGAUUCCUUGGAAUGGUAAACUGGAAUCACCAACACCUCGAACACGCGUCAUCAAUAGCAGAGCCUCUUGCGAGGGCAACUUCACGCAAGAAAAAAUGGGAAUGGAGUGAAGGAAUGGAGGACGCAUUCACUAAGCUGAAAGAGGAGAUGGCUCGUGCUCCUGCACUAAGGUUGCCUGAUUUCAGCAAACCAUUCAUUUUGGCUACUGGCGCAAGCGCUGUAGGAGUUGGGGCUGUUUUAUUGCAGACCGAUGACACUGGGUUCGAACACCCACUGGAGUUUAUGAGCGCCACUCUGACGGAGGCACAACAGAGGUACACAGUCAUGGAAAGAGAGUGCCUUGCGGUUGUGAGUGCCGUGGGCAAGUUCCGGCAAUAUCUGCUUGGACGGCAGUUUACCGUCCGUACGGACUGUAGUGCAUUAGUUUGGCUACAGGACAACAAAUGCAAAUCGGCACGCCUGGCCCGGUGGGCACUCACCUUACAGGAGUACGACUACACAAUGGAGAAAAUCAGGGGAAGUGACAACUGCUGUGCGGACGCUUUGUCACGCCACCCUAUUUAG